AUAAGCAACAACAGCUGCCGCAGAGGAACCACAGAAAUCAAAGCAACCACCAAGACUCAACACAAGCUUGAGAGGUACACUAACACUUCAUUAUGUCACCUCUGAAGCUGGUACUGGUGGUGACGUUGGCUGCAGGUAUGGCCAGCGGGGAGUACGUGGGCCACCUGGGCCACUUGGACCACCUGGGCCACUUCAUCACCAAGAGGGCUGUCCUCCUCGACAGCGAGUUCGUACCAGUACCGCCACCAGCAGCAGCACCAGGGGGAGGUGGCGUCGCAGUAUCAGCAACAGCUGGACCUCGUCAGCCCCGCGAGACUCCGUACGGCCACGCACCUGUCGCCAAGAGCGGCUACGGCAGGGGCAGAGUGGGACCCGUGUACACCUUCGUCAAGACAGAUUACAACGGCAACUUCAAGUGGGGUGUGCGUCACCGUGCCGGAAGUGAGUACGGAGGACAUCACUAACUGCGACAUAUAGUGGACACCGCUGACAUCGAUACGCAGCUGACACCACUGAUAUCCACAAGCAGCGGAUACCACUGGCAUCCACACGCAGCGGACACCACUGACAUCCACUGACCUCCAACCGAGGUAGAUCCUUUCUGAAACGAAACCGGACCAUAACAUGCAACUACCAUCACUACCACCAUCACCACCACCCUACACCACUACCACCAUCUUACACUACCAC